CUUGCUUGCACAGGGGCUAUAUGCAUGCACUCUGUAUAAAUGAAUAUACAUAUCUAUAGACACACAUACACACACACACACACACAGGCUUGCACAAUAUGCAUACACUGUGCAUAAAUAUAUAUAGGCACACUUACAAAGACACAUACACACACAGUACACAAGGACAGCACAGCUGGAUCUCUCCCCUGAUGAUCUCAGGAUCCCCUUUGUCCUCUGACAGUUUCUGAGCUGCUAAUUUUCUUUAACUCUAAGUCCAUUUGUCUCCCCCCUCCUGCAGCUGGAAGUGUUUCCUCUGUGUGCCGCAGAGAAAGGGAGGGAGGAAGGAAGUGACAAGGAGGGGAGCUGCACCUAUUUCUGUGGGAUGCAGGGAAACUAGACCCCAAUAGUGGCCGUGUCCUCUGUCAGCACAUCCCCUCCCAUAUCUUCUGUCUGUGCUUUCUGUUACUUUGUUCUGGGAGCCUUCUGGAUGUCCCCUCACUGAGUCAGCCUGGAGGAGAGCCUGUCUGCUGGUGGGAUGUGGAGAGCUGGGCAUCCCACGGUCCAGGAUGGCGUACCCCAGCACUGUCGCUCUCCUUCCUUUGAGGAAUGCACAAAUCUUCCUGAACCUAAAGCUUCCAUACCUCCCAAACCCAAGGUUUUAACCACUCCCAGACCUGAAGCCUCCAGACCUGCUACUGAGCGCUCCUCAGAUACCACAACAUAUGAUUUAUCCCGUCUACGCAGCUCUUCUGUGGAGAUCAGAGAGAAGGGCUCAGAAUUCCUUAGAGAGGAGCUCUUGAGAGCCCAAAAGGAGCUGAAGCUGCGAGAUGAGGAAUGUGAGCGAUUGUCUAAAGUCAGAGAGCAGCUGGAGCAGGAAUUGGAGGAGCUGACGGCCAGUCUGUUUGAGGAGGCGCACAAGAUGGUGCGAGACGCCAAUACCAAGAAGGCUGCGUCCGAAAAACAGCUCCAGGAAGCCCAUGGGAAGAUUGAUAUGCUUCAGGCUGAAGUCACAGCAUUGAAGACUCUUGUCCUCACCUCCACUCCGUCCUCCCCAAACAGAGACCUACACCCUCAGCUACAGAGUCCUUCUAAGAAUGCACUACGUAAAGGCCACUCGCGCAACAAGAGCGUAGGCUGCGCUGCAAUUUCUCCUUCCUCCGCCCCAGUACAGCCAAUAAGCAGUGAGGCCAAAGAGGUGGACGCCCUUCUAUUAUCAGAGUUUCUGACCUGGAAGGAGAGCCCAACGUUAGACCGCACUUGUACGUUCCUCUCUCGCAUUUACCGUGAGGAUAUCACCCCUUGUCUGGAUUUUGCCAAAAGAGAGCUAUCAGAACAGGUCCUCACUGCCGUGGAAAGAAACACACUUUCAGUGGAACCUGUUGUUCAGCCGACGCUGCCUGUGGUUAAAGCUUCUGCUGUACAACGCGGAGGUCCCAGCACUUGUCGGACAGAGGUUGUAACGAAAUGUGCGCUCAGUGGCCUAUCGCGUUCCUGCCGCCAUCGCAUCAAGCUGGGGGAUUCUGAAAACUACUAUUUCAUCUCACCAUCCUGCCGGUACAGGAUAACAGCCGUGUGUAAUUUUUUCACUUACAUCCGUUAUAUACAACAGGGUCUGGUACGACAAGACACGGAGCUGGUUUUCUGGGAGAUCAUGAGACUUCGCAGGGAGAUGUCAAUGGCUAAACUAGGCUUCUACAUCAAUGACCUGUAGUUCCAUCUGUGAGCCAUAUCUUACACGGGAGAGAAAUGGAUUGUCCUGAACAGGAACAUAAGAGCACAAGAGUACGUUCACUAGUCAUGAGAACACUAUAGAACCAGGGCCGGACUGGCAAUAAAAAGCAGCCCUGGAAAAAUAUGAAGACCAGCCCUAUUUUCUGUUGAGUCGUUAGAUUGCACAUGCCCCAUUUUUCUCAAAGGGGAUUACAGGGUUACUCCUUCCCCAAUAUUUUUUCACAAUUAAAUUAUAUUACUUUGUAUUAAAUAAAAAUGUCAGAUUGAUGUUAUAUAGGCACCCUACAACCCUAUUGCAUCCAUUAAUACCACAUUUAAAUUGUAGCUUUCCAGCCCCAGCAGCUGCAGCCCACCGGGAAAUUUCCUGGUAUCCUGGUAGGCCAAUCCGGCCCUGUAUAGAACAUUAGAUCAUUCUAAUACUGCAAAAAGAUGUCUAGUUAAAGCAGCAUUACCGACCAUUAGACCUCACAUCUACGUCGUCUGUAUUACCUUACAUCAUAGGCUAGAAUUGGAGCAGAUCCUGAUGUAGCUAUAAUUAUUAUCAGUGUCUGAUCUGCGCAUGGAUGUACGUCCCUGGUGCGGUGCAGAGAAAGGGGAGUAGUGAUACCAAGUAACUGUUUCAUAGGUUUUAUUGUUUUUUUAAUGGUUAUGAUUGCAAUGGAGUCAUAAAAUAAACUCCAAAGAGAGUUUAAAUCCAAGAGAUAA